AUGGGUAAAAAAUGGGACAAGAAAAGGUCUAAGCCGACAAAGACUCCAUCCAAUCCCGAAUGCAGGGUUUAUCGCGAGCAACACAUACUGCCGACAAUAAUAAAACUCCAGAGUUCUGAUCAAGAGACUAAAUCUACAGCAGUAGCCUCAAUUUGUAAACUAAUUUUAGAUACCAAGAGUCGCAAACUCCUCCUUCGGGAGAAGUUAGUCACGCUAAUAUGUGAGGAAUUCCUCACCGAUCCGAAUUUAAACAAUAAGGCAGACGGAUGGGGUAUUUUGCAAGGCCUUGCGCAAGAAGAUGAUCCAGGCUUCUGUGUUCAUUUGUUCCGACAAGGCAUACUGUCAGCCAUAGAAACGGAAUUAAAUUCUUUAAGCCAAACCAAUGAGGACUCCAGUCCCGUUGCCGCUCCUCAGAAAGAAAAUUGUUGGAGGAUAAUCCUCUCGAUUACAGGUCUUUUGGCGUUAUUAUCUAACUCUCGCCGCGAAAUUGCCGAAGCCAUUGCGCAGUAUGCAGUUUUCACCCAAUUUCUGUUCACAAACAUUUGUUCCCAAACUUCAGAUGAAUCUCAUGAAGAGGUAAAGUAUCAAGCGCUCACUUGUCUUAUGUAUUUGACCAAAAAUAACUCAGCUCUAUCACAAAAAAUCUUCGAAAAAGAUGCUUGGUUCCAAGCACUUACUGCUAUCGAACACUCUGCUCAGCCACUAGCUCUCUUAGCCAGUGGAAUUCUUCAUAAUAUCUUCACCUCUUUUAACCUAUCGAGAUCUCUUACGGUGCCUGAAGGUGCUAAUGAUGCUAGUCUUAUCCCAGUAUUAGUACUAUUCAUGGAGAAGUCUACCAACGUGCCCACCAAUAGAUAUCAGUUUUCUAGUCCUGAUCAAGUUAUUCAGCUUGCAUUAGAGAUCACUGGAUCAAUUGCAGCCAGAAUUCAGCAAACUACUGACCGUGAAAUAAAACAAUCAAAAAAACGCCCAUGCCCCAUCGAUGAGGAUGCGGAAUCAGAAGGAACUGAUCUUUCUGAAGAGUCAGAUAUUGAUGAGAUUCAUGCAGAUAUGAAAAUGAUCAUAGAAGAUGCAUCCAAUACGGACCAUAAGUCGAUAAGCAUACCGGAGCGCAUACUUGAAAGCUUAGUUCGUGUAGCGGCUCCAAAAGUGCUGCAAGUUAUUUUGUCUGCCGGGAGAGAUGUGACUCCGACAACGAAAUAUGCUCUCUCCACGUUAAAUCAUAUCGCUCUGGCGGUCUCAACAACUAAAAUCUUCUCUAACAAUAUAAUAGAGUUACGAAAGUCUUGGGAUGUCAUGGCUCAAGAGAUAUGGACUGAUCUCAUCAGUCCUGCCAUACAAUCUGACACUACCGAUAUUGUGUAUGCUUCGAAAGUCGUUGAUCUGGCCUUGUCACUACUCCACAGCGCAAGAAAAACUAUUCAGAUUGAGUAUGGGGACGAGCAGAAAUUUAUAAAGCUGUGUGAAGCAUCAAGUGACCGUAGGCUAUCUAAUAUUACGAACGGGCAGAAACCCGAGAAAGAAGAAGAUGAGCUUCUAGACCUCGGCGUUAAGUGUAUCGGCGUUCUAGGAAGCUUAGCCCGCAAGCCGGCCUCAGUUGAGCUGAAUUCCGAAAUAGCUUCUUACUUGAUCAAGCUGCUUAUCCCGCUUCGUCCCGAGCUAAGGGCUGAGACAGUGGAGACUUUACACCAAAUUUUCGAGAUCUACGCGGAUAAUACUUAUUGCGAUGAUGGGGCUUCUUUCUGGUCUGAUGAGGUUUUCGAUGCGCUCGAUAAAAUGCAGGGUCAACUCAAGCAUAUCACUAAGGCCAUUGACCCGCGUAAAUUUCCUACCCUUCGGCAACGUGCAAGACAGGCUCAACUGAAACUUUCACCAUUUCUCAAAGCUAAACUGAAGGAAAGAGCCUCUAAUCCUAAAGUAUAG